AUGGCACAACCAGUAGACAACAGUGUCGGUUCUCGGGACCACGAUGAUUCUCACUUCAACUGCGUUGCUUGUGAAAGACCAGAUAGUGCCGAUAAUAUCGUGGCAUGCGAUCACUGUGAGAAUUGGUGGCACUAUAGUUGCGCAGGAGUUACAGACUCAAUUGCAGAACGCAAUUGGACUUGCUCCCGAUGUCUUCCGCUACCCGUCGCUCAAGGUUCGACUUCGUCAAAGCUGAGUUCUGCCAGUCGCCGGCAAAUGCUACAACUAGAGCUCCAACACUUAGCCGAGAGACGGGAAUACGAAAAAAAGCAACAAGACUUAGAACUGGAGAAACGUUUCCUAGAGCAGAAAUGCAAAUUGCUUGAGGCAACUCUAGAAGCGAAUGACGAUGAGGAUCGUCACAGUGUAAGAAGCCGAGUAAUCGAGAUCGAGUCUCGAAAUCGUGCAAACUCUGUUGCCAGCUGGGUAGAAAAUCACUCGAAGAUACUAGGUUCCAGCAGUAUGUUUCAAUCGGGCGAUAAUCUACCUAGAAUAAAAAUAACGACCAAUGGAGAAGGUGCACCCGAAGGAGCAAACGAAAGAGGUGAAGUUUUAACCACACCGAAUGCUCAAGGUAAUCGAGAAGUAAACCCAAAUGACCUUCAGUUGCUGCAUCAACAGCUUGCGCAAUGUCAGCGAAACUCGUCGCCAAGUUUUCAGCAACUUCAACAUUUACAGGAACUCAUACGAAAAUGUCAGCUACAAAUGAACAAUCAUAGAACAACCGGUACCAUUCCGAAGAUAGAUAGGAAAAAUGAAAUGAAGAACAAAACCGUGCAGCCUUUCCCAGUUCCAAAGCCGAUUCCAAUUGAAAAGCAGCGAAAUCCACAGUUGAUAUCGAUUCCGGCUCCGAAGCCGAUUCCUGACCCGAAACCUACACCCGUACCGCAGCCAGUACCGUUUCCACGGAUACCUUCAGCCGAACAACUGAUUCCAACUCCACAACUUCUACCGGCUCCAUUACCUCCAAAUCCAAUAUUCAGGCCAUCGCAGGAACAACUAGCAGCCAGGCAAGUUAUGCCACGUGACCUCCCCGAGUUUUCCGGAGACCCCGAGGAAUGGCCAAUUUUCCUGAGCAGUUUUAAUAACUCAACGGUAGCGUGUGGAUACAACAAUACGGAAAAUUUAGCCCGUCUCCAACGCUGCCUGAAGGGUAGUGCGCUAAAAUCGGUCAGGUAUUAUCUUCUUACUCCUGAGUCGGUACCAGAAGUGAUGAGAACGCUGCAAACCCUAUUUGGUCGUCCGGACAUUAUAAUCAAUAAACUGAUCAGAAAUAUGCGUGAGUGCCCAGCACCGAAAGCUGACAGACUGGAAACCUUGAUAGAAUUUGGGAUUAUGGUUCGCAACCUAACACAGCAUCUUAUUAUCGCUGGUCAACAUGCUCAUCUCAUGAAUCCAGUCCUUCUUCAAGAAGUGGUGGAGAAACUGCCAACAGCAGUAAAACUUCAGUGGGCACAACAUCUUGUGGCCGUUCCUGAUGCAACACUACAGACCUUCAGUGACUUUAUGUCGUUAAUGAUAGAAUCCGUCAGCAAAGUUUGUCAGCCAGUUGGAUCGCAACUGAGGUCCAAAGGGUUCAUCAAUGCUCAUGACGUAACCGAUAAUAUCGAGACUGCAAAACGAAAUGAAAGCACUUUAGGGAAGCGUUGCCCAGUCUGCGCCGAAGAAGAUCAUCGUGUAAGAGACUGUGAUCAAUUCAAACAAUGUGACGUAGAAGAUCGAUGGAAGCAUGUUCAUCGUGCCAAGUUGUGUCGAUGCUGUCUAAAUUUCCAUGGUAGAAGAGCUUGCCGGAGUUCCGUCCGGUGCGGCGUCGAUGGGUGCCAAUUUCGCCACCAUCCUCUAUUACACACAGUCUCGUCGAGCAAAAACCUUUCGGAGAAUUCUUUUACUUCGAAUCACACUUACCAUCACUGUGGGCAAUCUGUUCUUUUCCGUAUACUGCCGGUUACACUCCAUGGUGUAUCGAAGUCAAUCAAUACAUUUGCAUUUUUAGACGAAGGUUCAACAACUACUCUAAUCGAACAAGAACUGAUUGAUCAACUGGGUGUUAAAGGUCCCACUGUACCGCUUUGUUUGAAAUGGACGGCUAAUAUGACGCGAAUGGAAGGCAAUUCACAGAUCGUAACGCUCCAUGUUUCAGGAGUUGACUACAAACGUACACAUAGACUUGAAAAUGCUCGGACAGUAGAAAGCCUGAAUCUAUCUCCACAAACAUUACGGUUUAGUGAAUUGCAACAACGAUUCCCUCACCUGGUUGGAUUGCCUGUUCAUAGUUACGAGGAUGCUUAUCCACGACUACUUAUAGGCCUGCGUAACUUGCCACUAGCCGUACCACAAAAGGUGAAAGAAGGUAAUGAUGGCCCAUGUGCUGUUAAAACUCGGCUAGGAUGGUGCGUCUAUGGUAGCCUUGGAAACAAUCAUACCGACGAACAUUUGAACUACCACGUGUGUGACUGUACGCCUAACGAGAAGCUGGAUGCCAUGCUUGGGGCAUAUUUCAACGCUGAGGACAUUGGAGUACAACCAACCUUGAUGCCUGAAUCGAAGGAGGAAGUCAGAGCAAAAGCAAUUUUGCAACAGACUACACAUAGAGUUGACGGUCGAUUCCAAACCGGACUCCUUUGGCGUUAUGACGACAUCGAACUACCGGACAGCUUUCCAAUGGCUCUUCGACGACUUGAAUGCCUAGAAAAACGAAUGGAAAGGGACGCAAUGCUGAAGGAGAGUGUUCAUCGACAGAUUAAAGACUACCAAGAUAAAGGGUAUGCUCAUCUAGCCACGGAAUCUGAGUUGUUAAACGCUAAUCCCAGACGAGUUUGGUACUUACCUUUAGGAGCUGUAACAAAUCCCAAAAAACCUGGCAAAAUACGACUGGUCUGGGAUGCGGCAGCCAAAGUUGAUGGAAUUUCAUUAAACUCUCUUCUCAUUCCGGGACCUGAUCUACUGACUCCACUACCGUUUGUACUGUUCCGUUUCCGUCUGUUCCCUGUUGCGAUAUCUAGCGACCUAAAGGAAAUGUUCCACCAGAUUUCCAUUAUACCAUCAGACCGAAAUUCACAGCGCUUUCUUUUCCGCGACAACCCUACGAAUCCUCCACAAGUUUUUACCAUGGACGUAGCCACCUUUGGUGCAACAUGUUCGCCGUCAACCGCGCAAUUUAUUAAAAAUAAAAAUGCCAAACAGUUUGAGGAUCAGUAUCCAAGAGCAGUUGACGGUAUUCUGAACAGUCAUUAUGUUGACGACUAUUUAGAUAGUUUUGCUACAGUUGAGGAGGCACAAAGAGUCGCCAGUGAGGUGCGAGAUAUUCACUCCAAAGCUGGAUUUAGCUUCCAUGGAUGGUCGUCCAACAGUUCUAUCGUUUUAGAACACUUAGGUGAACAAUCGAAAUCAGUGGCAAAGGAUCUGACACUUUCCAAAAUCAACAACUUUGAGCGUGUACUCGGUAUGCACUGGAUUCCGGAAGUAGAUGUGCUGUCGUUUUCGACGUCAUUCAGUGAAGAAAUCCAAAUGCUCUUCACAACAGGCGCAAAGCCGACAAAGCGACAAAUGUUAAAAUGUAUAAUGAGUCUGUUCGAUCCCCUAGGCCUGCUUGCCUGCUUCCUUUUCCACGGUAAGGUGCUGAUGCAGGAAGCCUGGCGUACAGGAAUGAAAUGGGAUGACGUCGUAAACGAUAAAAUAUAUGAACAAUGGAAAAGAUGGACACAACAAUUCGAGUUAGUAACUCAAAUUCAGAUACCACGAUGCUACUUCGACGGGGCCAACGAUAAUCUAUACAGCUCUCUUCAAGUCCAUGUGUUCGUGGAUGCUAGUGAGAUAGCGUACUGUGCAGCAGUGUAUUUUAGAGUCAUCACGCCGAACGGAAAACCUCAGUGUAGACUGGUGGCCGCGAAAACGAAGGUGGCACCCCUAAAAUAUCACUCUAUACCACGUCUAGAAUUAAUGGCAGCGGUACUGGGAGUACGAUUACUGAAUUAUACUUUACAAGGUCAUGGUAUUAGACACGCCCAAUCCUUCUAUUGGUCCGAUUCUAAAACGGUUCUCGCUUGGAUUCGAUCCGACCAUCGAAGAUAUCAACAGUUUGUUGCAUGCCGUGUGGGUGAAAUUUUAACGUCAUCCAACGAGACUCAGUGGAGAUGGGUACCAAGCAAGCUCAAUGUUGCCGACGAAGCUACCAAGUGGGGUAAAGUGUUCUGUUUCGAUGACGCCAGUCGAUGGUUCUUGGGAACCAACUUCCUGUCCUUACCCGAGAGUCACUGGCCUUCCGUGAAAUAUUUGAUUCCCAAGACUGACGAAGAAUUGCGACCGUGUCAUUUACAUCAAAUCAUAGAAACCAAUCUCUUGAUAGACUUCAAACGUUUUUCGAAUUUUAACCGUCUUGUAAGAACAGUGGCCUUCGUCAAAAGAUUUGCUGAACGAUGUAUGAAAAGGGUACCGAAACCCUGGCACUCAAAGCUGACACACGAGGAAUUCAAAGACGCGCAAACGUUUAUAUGGAAGCAGGCACAAUCAGAUUCAUAUCCCGAUGAAAUGACAAUUUUGUUGCGAAACAGAAACUUUUCAAUCAAGGCCAAGUCCAAAAUUCCAAAAUCCAGUCCACUGUACAAAUUAACAGCAUUUUUGGACGAGUAUGGAGUUCUACGCAUUGAUGGUCGAACCAGAACAGCCAAAUGGGCUCCGGUUGACAUAAAAUUUCCAAUUAUUCUUCCCAAGAAUCACACUGUGACCCACUUGCUAGUGGACAAUUACCAUCGACAGUUUCUACACGGGAAUGCGGAAACAGUCGUCAACGAGAUCCGACAGCAGUUUUAUAUUCCGCAACUCCGUGUUCUUGCCAGGAAGCUUUCACGACGUUGUCAAUGGUGUGUAAUAUACAAAGCCAAGCCAGCUACCCCUAGGAUGGCUCCAUUACCUUCUGCUAGAUUGUCACCUUACACCCGUCCAUUCAGCUACGUAGGUUUGGAUUAUUUUGGCCCCAUUCUUGUGAAGGUUGGUCGUUCAAGUGCAAAAAGAUGGGUUGCAUUAUUUACGUGCCUCACUAUUCGUGCAGUUCACGUUGAGAUUGCACACGAUCUUUCAACCCAGUCCUGCAUCAGCUGUAUUCGACGGUUCAUUUGUCGCCGGGGACAACCACUUGAAAUACAUUCGGACAACGGAUGUAACUUUAGCGGAGCCAGUAAUAUUCUACAAAAACAAAUAGAGAAAGCAGUAACUGAGUCUGCUGUUUCGUUUACCAACGCUAAAACUAAGUGGGUAUUCAUUCCUCCAUCCUCACCGCACAUGGGAGGUUCAUGGGAGAGGAUGGUAUGUUCGGUCAAGGCUGCGAUGACAAGUCUGCCUCAGGAUCGGAAGCUGGACGACGAAGCACUGCAAACCGUUGCGAUUGAAGCUGAGGCGAUAGUAAAUUCUCGGCCACUAACGUAUCUUCCACUCGACUCAGAGGAGCAAGAAGCUUUGACCCCAAAUCACUUCAUUUUGUUGAGCUCGACAGGAAUAAAUCAACCUGCUGUUCCAAUGUCCGAUCCUAUUAAAGCAGCCUUUGGGACGAGAGCCCUCAUCCAACGGAAUUUGGAUCACUUCUGGAAACGGUGGGUUCGUGAGUAUUUACCAACACUAACGCGGAGAACGAAAUGGUUUAAGGAAACGAAACCCAUCGAACCCGGUGACCUGGUAAUUGUAAUUGAUGUAUCCAAAAGAAAUGGAUGGGUGCGAGGGCGCGUCAAGGAUAUUCUUCCAGGCAAGGAUGGUCGUGUACGGCAGGCGAUAGUCCAAACGACCGGAGGAUUGUUUCGCCGAUCGGUAUCGAACUUAGCGGUGCUGGAUGUGUCUCGAGAUGGUAAUGCUGAGCUUGGUACUCAUCGUUACGGGGAGGGGGAUGUUACCACAGGAGCACCGCAACUGGCAACUCUGCAUACAGAAACCAAACGCGAUCUGAACUGA